GCCGCCCGCCGCCGUUGAAAAUGAUAAUUUCAAAACGAUUAUUUGGGUUAAUUUACACAAUUUUUGUGAAAAAAUGGUAAAAACUGAAGCAAUGUUUUAGUAACAUUCAUAUUAUUAUAUUUUCUGUGUCAGUGUGGUGUAUUAACAAGCCUACAACACACAUCUUUAAAUGGUUAUGAAAAAAUAUUAAGAUGGAUGAAUAUGAAACAAGUUUUGAGCCUAUGGAUGUGGAUAUAAGCGCUAACUCCACUAGUGCUAUGGAUAUAUCAUACACGGAACUUCCAGACAUCUCACAGAUGAACUGCAGUAGAAGUCCGAUCCCGAAUAUAAGAUUCAUGACAGAAACACAACCUGAAAAUAAUGACCACAUAUCUUCCCAGAACACACAAAUAUUAGAGCUUAAGGAAGAAAAAACAUAUAAUUCUUAUAGAAGCUUGUUUAUAAUAAUUAUUGUAUGUUUGUUAUCAAUAGGAUCAUAUCAUAUUUUUUCUUAUAAAUGUUUUGAAGACUUUAGAUCCAAAUCGAUUAGUCAAAGAUUGUAUACAAGGUUAUAUGGCCAGACAGUUGCAAUUGAAAAUGUGAUAGAGUUUCUAGAUUUACAACACAGAUCUAAAGUUCUUGUGCUUUAUGGAGGAACAGGGGUUGGCAAGACAUUCAUGGUUUCUCUGAUAUUUGAAGAUUUUUUUAAUCAUACCAAUAUCUAUCAUUACUCUAUGACGAACUUAGAAAAAGCAUUCACUGCGGAAUCAAUGUUUGGAGUAACAUUAUGUCAAACAUCUGUAAUGAUAAUUGAUGAUAUAACACUUGACAAUGAGAUAGGAAAAUAUGUUGAAGAGUUAAUUGCAAGAAGCUCAAAUUUAAAUAAAAAUAUAACCAUCAUAUUAAUAUACAACUGUGCCAAUUUUGACAAGCACCUUACACCAAAUUGCCCAAAUGAUUUUCUACCAGAAUUGGAAUCAAAAUUUACUAAUAUUGACGCUGCAAAGAAAUUCGUUAAAUUUGGACCAUUGACUAAAGAUAGCUUGAAGAAGUGUAUACAGUAUGAACUAAAAGAAAAUAUUAAUGAGACUGACUUAACCAAAAUGAUGAAGAAUUUUGAUGUUGAAAGAGAUGGCUGCAAAGGUGUGCACCAAAAGACAAAAUACUUAAAUGUGAUAUAGUUAAGGUACGGACUCUGGAAUUUAUUAAAGUUUGUUAUAAAGUA